AUGUCCGAUAUGAUGCAUUAUUCCUUCUACCCACAAACAAUCGCACAAGGUCGAGUAUGGAUCGGGCCUAGUCUGGAUAUAGGCAAUAAGGUGGUUGCAGAAGCCGCCAGGCUGACUGGGCCAUGGAACCCCGCCGGACAAGAGACAUUGGACUGGACCGAUUUCGACGAAGAAACAAUCGACUGUGUCCUGAAGUUCUGCUAUUUUCAGGAUUACAACGUCCCAUGGAAAGUCCCUUCAGUUAAAGAGGAUCCAGCCCAAGAAACCUCAUCUGCUGAACACAAUUCCAAGACCGGCUCCUCCCUGGCUGAUCGAACCGACACGGGCAAUGCGAUAGUUCUGCAUGCAAAGGUGUACUCAUUCGCCCUGCGUUAUCUUGUUAAUGGCCUGCAACAAUAUGCUCUUGCUGAAAUGGAGGAUUGUUUCGAGCCUUUUCUCUCAGAGUACUGCAUUUCACCUGAAGCUACGUAUCCCCGUCUGGUAGAUGCGAUUCGAAUUAUCUAUGGCACCACGCCCCCGUCGAGCAUUUUCGGGAUGGAUUCUGCUCGCAGAAAGCUAUGCAUGUUCAUUGCCACCUACCAUACUCAUUUCAGACAAUAUUUUAACGAGUUCCAAGAAGGCACUGGGGAAUUUAUGACGGACCUGGCUUGCUCACUCUCUCAACUGUUGUGCGAGGCUGAGAUGGAAAGAGACUAUGACAAGGAAGAAGUAUGA